CGAAACUGAACAGUUCGCGCAGGCGCGUUUCAUUGUUUUGACUGAAAAUGCCGUCGGUUUCGAAAACGGCGGCGAACGCUUCUCCUCAAACCGAGAAACCAACCCACUAUACAUAUUUGAAGGAGUUUAGGACCGAACAGUGCCCUCUCUUCUUGCAGCACAAGUGCACACAACAUAGACCUUUUACAUGUUUUCAUUGGCAUUUCCUAAACCAGAGGCGACGACGACCGAUUAGAAGAAGAGAUGGAACUUUUAACUACAGCCCUGACGUUUAUUGCACAAAAUAUGACGAGACAACGGGCAUUUGCCCAGAUGGAGAGGACUGUCCUUAUUUGCACCGGACCACUGGUGACACAGAGCGCAAGUACCAUCUUCGCUAUUACAAGACUGGUACCUGUAUCCAUGAAACUGAUGCCCGCGGACACUGCGUGAAGAACGGCCUACACUGCGCCUUUGCCCAUGGCCCACAUGAUCUCCGCCCCCCUGUCUACGAUAUCAGAGAGAUCCAGGCACAGGAAGCCCUCCAGAAUGGCCAGUUGGGAUCUGGAGAGGGUAUCCCUGAUCUACAGCCUGGAGUACUGGCCAGCCAAGCCAUGAUAGAGAAGACUCUUACAGAGGACCCCCGGUGGCAAGACACCAAUUUUGUUUUAGCGAACUACAAAACAGAGCAGUGCACCAAGCCUCCACGCCUAUGCAGACAGGGCUAUGCCUGCCCUCACUACCACAAUAGUAGAGACAGAAGACGAAAUCCACGCAAGUUCAAAUACAGGUCAACUCCGUGUCCCAAUGUGAAACAUGGGGAUGAGUGGGGCGAGCCAUCGAAGUGUGACAGCGGAGACGGCUGUCAAUACUGUCACUCACGCACUGAACAGCAGUUCCACCCAGAGAUCUACAAAUCCACCAAAUGCAAUGACAUGAGGCAAACUGGUUAUUGUCCUAGAGGGCCAUUCUGUGCGUUUGCGCAUGUAGAAAGAAUUCCCUCCACGGAAGAGACCAUGAACUUGUUGCUAACAGCGAUGCAGUCGGGCUCCCAGGCCAAGCUGGGCUCUCAGCAGUAUUCAGAGUGUCCGGUCAGCGAGUGGGGCAGCAGUGCACACUCCAUCAGCAGCAUCAACAACGGCCAAGUGGGGAAUGUUUCAUAUUCUAAUAGUCCGACUGUAACGCCAAGCUCAGGAAGCAACAGUUCAUUGUCCCCAAUCGGACCCAUCGGCAGGUCCAAAUGCUUAACUAAUGGUAGCUUAUGUUCAGAGUCCACCACGUCAAGUGUGUCAUCUCUGACGUCUAACUAUCCCAAAGCGCCGGGCUUUGAACGCGAGGAUCAGAUAAAGAACUAUAAGGGACAUAUCGAUCAAAAGAUGAUGGACCAAGACAAGCAGACACACAAUAGUGUAUUCUCUGGGAUGAACCCAUUGGCAUCCAGCAUUACCUCCAGUAUAGAAUCUAGCCUGGCCUCUAGUAUUGGAUCAGAUAGUUCCUCACCCACCACCUUAUCAACAAUGAAUGCAAAAGCAACCCCAUUCUAUCCUGGGAGCAAUACUGUGGAGUCAGUUAUAGGUUCUGCACUUGACCUGAAUUUUUGUGACAUCAAUGUUGCCUCUCUUGAUAAAGAGUUUGAGGAGCAAGAAAACAACAGUCUUGGUUUAAGUCAAAGGAUGCUGGGAGGAUCUGCUCCGGUCAACAUUCCUGGCUCCUUUGCACGGUCUUCUUCAUUGAAUUCCAACUCAUCGCUCUCUGCCUCCCCUCUGAGCUCUCUCUCCCAGUCCCUGUCCCAGUGCCUGUUGUCAGGAAUGGCUCCACAGCAGACUCAACCUCAGGGCCUGCUAACCAAACCUGAGCAUGGCCUUCUGGGAACACCUACCUCCUCUCAGAACUCUCUGGGUUUGAAUGGGGGAGCUAGCAGCAUAUGGGACUUUGUGAGUGGCAACUUCUCUCCCAGCCCAUCACCAGUGUUCAGCAGCCUGGGCUCCACCACUGUGAGCAGCAGCGCUGAUCUGAACCGGCUCUUCAGGGAGCUGGACGAGGCCAAGAGGAAGAUCAAGCAAUGGGAAGACGCGUGGCACCAGGUCAAGCAGGCAUGUGAGGCCUGGCAGAAAGACUCCCAUGAUGCAAAAGAACAAGCAAAGUCAGCCGAGGCGGAGCGGCAGCUGGCAGAGCAGACGCGAGAGGACACGGAGCGCAAGCUGAAGGAGCUCCAGGGGGACUUUGACGUGCUGUGUCGCUCCCCUGGCACACCCCUGCUUAGAAGCUAUGGAGACCUGGACCAGCUCCCUCUACCAAAGCUCCACUCCAUCCAGAGCCAGCUGCGCACUGAUCUAGACCUUAUAGACGGGGUAUUAUAUCAGCUUCAGUCAAAGAAAUGUAUAGUUUGCCAAACGCAUGAUCGUUGCAUAGUCCUGCAGCCUUGCCAACAUUAUGUACUUUGUAAGAACUGUGCACCUAGUAAAUCAGAAUGUCCAUACUGUAAGACAAAAAUAUUGAAGUGGUGAUGUACAAUUAUUCAAGGUACUACUUAAGGAAUUUGCCCUUUGAAGAACUACUAAUACAUGCUUACAUUUUAUAAAUAGCAUUUUGUUUCACUUUCAUAUAGUAAUUCAAUUAAUAGUUUAAUUUGAACUACAUAAAUGGUGUUUGUUAAAUCAAGUACUUAAAUGUAAUGUUAUUUUGUAUUGUAAAGGAUCACUUACAUUUUCCAAAAAGUUUGGGCAUCCAUUUUUCAAGUGGGCCUAAUUUGACUUUAUCACUGAAACACAUCAGUCAAACAUUAUUAUUAGUUUUGCGAUCAUCUUUGUGAAGAUUGAUUUCUUGUAAAGCACUUUGUUGACCUGGGAAUUUGUUAAAGGGUAUUUUAGAAAUUAGCUUUGAGCUGUUUUUGUUAGAUUUAUAUAUAUUUUUUCUUAAUAUGCUAAUGUGUCUCGCUUUUGUGUGUACUGUGAAACAUACUAGAAUAUUUCAUGUUUCCUAUUGUUAAAUCAUGGUAUAGUUCUAUAUAUCUUGUUAGUUUUCAUAGAAAAGUGCUAAACAAUAGUUUCUACUUUUCAUUCUUUAAUUUAUACCUUUCUGUCAAAGUACACACUUUUGAAUGCAUUUUAGGCAUAACCAGCAGCUGUAAUCUCAGUAAGGCACAUUUAUGCUAAAGCAGUUAGGAAAUCAAUUACUGUGUCUUUGUGAUUACUGAAUUGUUCAUUAUGUAGUUGUUAGAGGAGCAUGUCUUGAUGUACAUAAGUCUGACAUGGUGAAUUUGAUAGGAUUCCUACUAGCUCUCAAACAUGUCUAGAACUUAUCUGAUACUUGGCUUCUACUCUAGUCUCAAGUGCCUUGCCUUAGAUGAUAACCAUGACCAUCGAUUCUUAGAGGAUUGUUGUAAAAGCAGACACAGGUAGUCAAAGCCUCUGCACAUAUAUCUACUUAAUUUUGUUACUUUGCAUCAUGUGUAUUGCCCAAUCCUAUGUCAAAGUAUUUCCUCAGAUUAUAGUUGUAUGAAGAUAUACAUCUUGUCAGUGCCUGUGUCCUGACUUCACGCAUAUAAAACAAUAUAUUUUCCUUGUCUACACAGGCAAUGGUGCUUUUUGAUGCGGCUUCAGUAUAAUUUCAAAUGACCAUUUUUGAUUUAGUGUUUGGGAGUAUGCAAGCAAGGAAACAACUCUGGUCUUGUUUGUAAACAAGAUAAACAGGCUCCGCUAUACAUUUUAGACUGGUGUUUGUUGUAAGGUGCAUCAUUGGUGUUGAACCUGUAAGUUGUGUUUUCAAAUAUGACAGUGUAAUGUGCUUAGCUAGGUUAAUCUAAUUGAAAUGACCUUCUACUGUGUUCAAAAUGUAUUUUUCCUCACUCUAUAUCUUGGUCCUUUUAAUAUUUGCAGCAAUUAGUAUGUUCAGUAGAAAGAACCUUAUAUAUUCCCAGGUACACGAUUUGUAACUUAGUUUGAAAAAUUGAGAAAUACAAUUGAUUACAUUUACAUGGAUGGUAAUUCAGAGAAAAACAAAACUUGUGUUUCUCCUAAAAUAAAAAAGGUAUUGUGAUCCCUCAUGUUUAUCAAGUUAAAAUGGCAGGUGCAACAAUUUUAUUGCAUGUCUUAUAAUUGUCAUACGUUAACCAGCUACAAAUCUAGAUCACUGCCAGAUAUAUUUGUAUUGUCAGUCUAGCAUACUGUAGAGUCGAUCACUUCACUUUUGCAAGCUUUGUUGCUGCUGAAAGAUGUAUACAUGUAGUUGUAAUGAAUUUAGAUUCUUGAAUGUUAUUGUGCAUAUACAGUUCAGACAUCUGUACGUCAUUUUACUUAUAUACACACACACACACACAGUGGGGAGAACAAGUAUUUGAUGCUCUCCUCAUAUUAUUUUGAUAUACUGCUGAUUUUGCAGGUUUUCCCACUUACAAAGCAUGUAGAGGUCUAAUUUCUAUCAUGGGUACACUUCAACUGUGAGAGACCGAAUCUAAAACAAAAAUACAGAAAAUCACAUUGUAUGAUUAAGUAAUUAAUUUGCAUUUUAUUGCAUGACAAGUAUUUGAUACAUCAGAAAAGCAGAACUUAAUAUUUGGUACAGAAACUUGUUUGCAAUUAGAGAUCACAUGUUUCCUGUAGUUCUUGACCAGGUUUGCACACACUGCAGCAGGGAUUUUGGCCCACUUCUCCAUACAGACCUUCUCCAGAUCCUUCAGGUUUCGGGGCAGUCGCUGGGCAAUACGGACUUUCAGCUCCCUCCAAAGAUUUUCUAUUGAGUUCAGGUCUGGAGACUGGCUAGGCCACUCCAGGACCUUGAGAUGCUUCUUACGGGGCCACUCCUUUUUGGAGUUGCCAUGGCUGUGUGUUUUGGGUCGUUGUAAUGCUGGAAGACCCAGUCACGAUCCAUCUUCAAUGUUCUUACUGAGGGAAGGAGGUUGUUGGCCAAGAUCUUGCAAUACAUGGCCCCAUCCACCCUCCCC